AUGAAAUCGAGACGAUCUCUGGUCUCACUGCGGGCUCCUCCGCCGCCGCCUUCUGCGACAGCACUCGAUCCGGAGAGGACCGGAGACACUCUGGGCAAACUUGCUGCAUCUGAUGCUGCGUCCACCUCGAAUAGCGGAACCCUCGCCACGGCCUACAGUCUGCUCACAUCGGUUCAAGCAGUUGUGUCGAGCGAGGCCUUUAUUAGCAUCCCUGGCCGGUUACCUUGGACCAAACACUGUUUGUGUCGUUCGGCCCUCUUCUUUGACGCCCUUGACAAAGUCAGUAUGGGCGCCUGGAUCCGGGGCAUCCUCUGUGCCCUUGGCCACAUCGACCAGCCACAGCGCAGAUCCUCUGACGUUACGGUCACCACCCCACCGGUUUCACAUCUACGACAGCCCCCAGGUAGGUGUUGA